AUGGACGAAAAGGCUCGUCUUCCUCCCUACAGCGCCUCCGGGCUGCCGCUGCCAGCUUCUGGAGCAGCGCAUGUCCGCGGUCGGCGCGCUGCAUUUCGCCGGUCCCGCGUGUUGAAGCUCUUCGGAGCCACCUGUCUAACGCUUCUGGUGGUCGGCCAGUGGACGCAGAUAUGGCGGGACGAUGCCAAAGCGCCGCUGCUGUCGCUGGACAAGCUCAACAACGACCUGCAAAUCUGCCAGAAGCUCAGGCACAAGCCGCAGGAUCCCAUCGGGCUGGGACGAGACAAAAACGCCAGAUGGAUUCCCGGCAGCCAGCCAACGCUCAUUAAGAACGCGACCAUCUGGAUCGGCGAGCCUGUCGAGGGCACGAGCGAGGCGGACGCCAGGGCUGGCAAGGGCUGGGAAUGGAUCCAGGGCGAUGUGCUGCUCGAGCACGGCCUGAUCAAACGGGUCGAAAGCCACAUCUCGUCUCAGUCGCUGCCCAAAGACACCCAGAUCUUCGAUGCCGCGGGACGCCAGCUGACGACGGGCAUCAUUGACAUGCACAGCCAUGCCGGCGUCGACUCUCUGCCAUUCCUCAGGGGCUACGCCGACACCAACGAGGUCUCCGACGAUAUCACGCCCUGGGCACGAUCCAUUGAUGCCAUCAACACGUUUGAUCCUCAGAUUGAAGUCAUCAAGUCCGGCGGCGUCACCACUUCCCUCAUUCUUCCCGGCUCUGGCAACAGCAUGGGCGGUGAGGCAUUCACUAUCAAGCACGCUGUUGGUCCCAAAAACGGCCGCACCGAGAUCAGUGCACAGGACCUGCUGGCCGAUCCGGACCGCAAUUGGCGGUUCAUGAAGAUGGCCUGCGGCGAGAACCCCAAGAGGGUGCACGGAGGCGUCGACAAACGGCCUUUCAGCCGUAUGGGCGAGAGCUUCAACUUCAGACAUGCCUUUGAGCAGGCCCGAGCCUUGAUCCAGCGCCAGGACGACUGGUGUGACAAGGCCGAUGCCGUGGGCGUGGAGAAUAUGGAAGAGUACUUGCCGCAGGAGAUCUUCUGGGAGUCCCUUGCCGCGGCUCUUCGCGGCCAGGUUCACAUCAACACUCACUGCUACACCGUUACCGAUCUCGAGGCCAUGGUUGAUCACACCAACGAGUUUAAGUUUCCUAUUCGAGCUUUCCACCAUGCUCACCAAACUUACCUUGCUACUGAGAUCCUGAAACGAACCUAUGGAGGCCGGCCACCCGCCUCUGCCCUGUUUGCGGACAACAUGUACUACAAGACCGAAUCCUAUAUCGCGUCUGAGCAUGCUGCUAAGUACCUCUAUGAUGCCAACCUGACGACUGUGUUCGUCAGCGACAACCCCGUCCUCAACGCUCAACACGUCCUCUUUGAGGCUGCCAAGGGGUACCAUUACGGGCUGCCGUACCAUGCCGCUCUCUCUGCCGUCACCAGCCUUCCUGCAGAACUGCUCGGUUUCGGGAACCGACUCGGGAAAGUCAAGCCUGGUUUUGAUGCUGAUAUCGUAGUUUGGGACAGCGACCCUCUCAGCGUCGGAGCUGCGCCCGUUCAGGUGUGGAUAGAUGGCACCGCCCAGUUCGAAAGCCCCGUGGAGCUUCAGAAGCCCAAGACGGGCCCCAUUGUGCCCGAUGAGGCGCUGGCCAAUAUCAUCGAAGAGCCUACUGAGAUUCAAGACGUCGUCUUCCAUGGCAUCACCAAGGUUCUCUUGGCGGACGAUCAAGCUUCCGAGUCCAACGGCGAACCUGUGGAUGUCUUUGUCUCUCGAGGCAAGAUUGCCUGCAUCGGCCCAUGCAGUUAUGAAUACGAGGCGGCUGCCAAAGCUGCCAAGGUACAUGUUCAACUGAGCAAUGGCUAUCUAACCAACUCCUUCACAGGCGUGGCUGGCACCAUUGGAUUGAACGAUAUCGAUGGAGAAGAUGUUACAGACAACGGACCCAAUCCAGUCGCUUUCUCUCGUGCUGUCGACGGCCUCCGACUGGAUAGCAAGAAGCUCAAUGUUGCGGCCAAAUACGGCGUUACCAAGGCCAUUUCGGCACCAAAAUACCUGAACGGCAAAUCUCACCACGGCGUCAGCGUUGGCUUCCUCACCGCAGCCAAGACGGUCGCCGAAAAGGGCGCCGUGUUUGACUCUGACGUGGCCGUGCACUACACCCUCGACCUCAGCUCUCGCAACGUGGGCAGCUAUUCCGAACUGUUUGGCCUGCUGCGGCGCAAGCUUCUGGCGGCUGCUUCUCAGGACAAACCAGCCGAGGACCCCUAUUCUGAGGUGGCCUACCUGCAAAAGGUAGUUGCCGGGGAAAGUGUCUUGGCCUUGACCAUUGACAACGCAGAUGGCAUCGCUACUGCGUUACGAAUCAAGGCCGAAGUCGAAGAAGCGACAAGCUCCAAGAUCAAGCUCGCCAUCCUCGGCGGCUCAGAAUCUCAUCUUGUCGCGGCAGAGCUCGCCGCCGCAAAGGUGGGAGUCAUCCUGCUCCCUCUUCAAGCGCAUCCGAACAACUGGGACCAGCGCCGCUCACUGCCGGGCGCACCGUUGUCGAAUGGCACGACGAUUGACUACCUGCUCGAUGCCGGCGUCACAGUGGCAAUCGGCUUGCCCGAGGAUUGGGUUGUGCGCGACCUGGGCUUUGAAGCCGGCACAGCCUAUCACAACGGCAACGGACGACUGAGCGAGAAGACGGCACUGGAUCUCGUCAGCGUAAACGUGCACAAGAUUCUGGGAGGCAAGCUCCCAGAGGCGCAGGCAAAGGGGCAUUUCAUUGUCAGCGAGGGAAGUCCCCUGGAGAUUGGAUCGCGGAUCAAGGCCGUCGGUGCUGGACGGGACAAGGUGGCUGUAUUCCAGUAG